AUGACGAGCCCUAAGGUAGAGUUACUCGUUAAGUUACAUCGAGAGAUCUGCGGUGUUCACAGCUUAACGGGAUACUUGCAGUAUCUGGCCCGGCAUUCAAAGAUUGACGGGCGCCAAGAGUUCCUACGAAACUAUGAUUCAGGCCAGUAUUUUCUGAGGUACCAAUAUGGCAAUGCUUAUAUUCGUCAACUAACGAACGCAACCACACGGCGCGCACCGCAAAUGGCUCUCGAGAACUUAGAGGAUAGGGGAGUUUUCUCCAAUGGAGAGCACAAAGCAUUGGAAAAAUACCUCGAGAAGCUGCUUGUAGAUGAAAUCAAUUUUGAAUCUAUAAGAAGGACCAGAGCUCGGGGCAAAAAUUUCCGGUAUAAUAGCAAGAUAUCAUAGCGGUGGGAGGUUUCGACUUACUUAUACGGACGCUGACUUCCGCAAGUUGACCGGAUUUAGUAAGUUCGAUCUCGAUCGCAUAGUCAAGGCACUGAAGAUACCUUCUAACAUUGGCUCUUACUCACUUGACGCUUUCGAAUGUUUCUUCAUCUUCAUCGUUAGAAUGAGAAGUGGCUGUACUUACACAGUACUGACCAGCAUUUGCGGCAGAGAACCCACUACAAUAUCCAAGAUUAUCACAUUUAUGACAUGCUACUUGUUCCACAUUGUAAGCCCAUCUCUGUCAGUUGCAAAUGCGCCGUGGCUUGCGAGCCGCUUAUCGCUCAUCGACCAAAGCCUUCUGAGAUCCAACAAAUCAGUCCCUAACAGCAGAAUUGUGGGCUUUAUCGAUGGCACGCACGUCAAGAUUGCGAGGCCGCAUGGAAGUUCUGAAUUGCAAAAUUCAGCGUAUAGCGGGCAUAAAAAACUCAUAUCUUGAAGUAUCAAGCGGUGACAACGCCUGAUGGUAUUUGCAUAGAUUUAGCAGGACCCUUCGCUGGUAGUCAGCACGACUCCUUUCUUUUAGCAAAUAGCGGCUUAUACGGAAGAUUGAAGCCAGCUCUAAAGAUCAGUAGCGUUCAAUACAGAAUAUACGGGGAUCCUGCGUAUCGGAGUUCUGACGUGCUCACGGUGGGGUUUAAAGGACAGAAUCUGACAGCUGCCGAAAAAAACUACAACAAAACCCUGGCGAAAUCUCGUGUUUCGAUAGAGUGGUUUUUUGGUGCGGUAAAGAACGACUUCCAGAUUUUCAAUGCCCUGGGAAAACUGAAAGUAGGUAGAGUGAGAUUUUGCGGUGCGUACUUUACCAUCGCUGUCUUUCUGACAAACCUCAAACAUUGUCUAGAAGGAUCGCAAGGAUCCAAGUACUUUGGUAUUGACCCACCAUCCUUCGAGGAAUUCACGAGUAGGCUCAAAUUUCCAAAAUAUUUUGACAAUUUUAUUAUCGAUAAUCAAGGAGAGGGCACUUACUACUCUAGACAGUAUGAGCACUUAAGCUUUGAUCAACUGGAAAACCUUGCUUGA